AUGCCACGUAAAGACAACGAAACGGUGUGUGCGGGGUCGCAGCUCAAUUUUGUCGGGAUACCCACAACUGCAGAGAACAGUGGGUUUCGGCAGAUUUGGAGGACGUGGAUGGUGACUCGGAUGAGGUGUUCAGCCAUGACGAACGAGACCAAUUCACACAAGUCUGAAACCCGCGGAUUUUCGGCAGACAAGAACAAUCGCGCGGACCCAGGGAAGGGCACUCCGCGACCACAGUGCCCACUUUCGAGCCAGGGAUUUAAAAAUCUUCGGAACCUCUGGGUUGCUGUCUUAGAACUGACACUUCUUCGCCUUCUGAUGGACCUGAAAUGGUUAGAAAGACGGCAACAACGAAUCCCAAUGAGGUGUGAUUUGCUGCCUCGACCGGGCAACCGCGCGGCAGCCACUGAGGAAGGCCUGAAGAGGCCGAGCAACUACUUUCUGUUGCGAAUGUUUUAA